GGUACCCGAGCAGCUACUGAUGCUAGGCUAGCUACUGUUAGCCAGUCGGAGCGGACAUGUUGUACCGGCCCUGCCCUGAAUAAACAUCGCUUUGUACGGGGAUUUGGGUGUCUGGGGACAGAUCGUCGAGCAACCAUGGAUGCCGUCAACGCAUUUAACCAUGAGUUAUUCUCAUUGAUGGACUCCAAGCCCCCAAUCUCUCGGGCAAAGAUGAUUUCCAUCACCAAAUCAGCCAUUAAAGCUAUGAAACUAUACAAGCAUGUUGUCCAGAUUGUGGAAAAGUUUAUCAAGAAGUGUAAGCCUGAGUACAAGGUGGCAGGUCUGUAUGUGGUGGAUUCCAUCGUUAGGCAGUCCAGACACCAGUUUGGGCCAGACAAGGAUGUGUUUGGCCCAAGGUUCACCAAAAACAUAACUGGAACAUUUGAGAACCUCUGCCUUUGCCCCGUGGAAGAUAGGAGUAAGAUAGUUCGGGUGUUGAACCUGUGGCAGAAGAAUGGGGUGUUCAAAAUCGAGGUAAUCCAGCCUCUACUGGACAUGGCAGCUGGCUCCAGUAGUGCUGCUGCAGCCUUUACAAGCACAGAUGAGCCAGGUUCUCCUCCGUCUCCAGCCAAAGAGCCAGUUGCUGCAGUAACGGCAAACUCCACCGUGCCAUCUGUUCCUCAGCUGCAGAACUCUGAUGCCUUUGCUGCUGUGGCACAGCUCUUCCAGUCUUCACAGGGUCAACAGCUUCAGCAGAUGCUCCAGAACUUUCAGCAGCAGCCACUUAAGCCCCAGCCCCCUGCUCCCCCCCUCCAGACCCAGGCACAGAACAUCACCUCUGGCCUGGGCAUGGGUGCCCCACAUCCUCCCCUGUCUACCCAGCCCACUCAGCAGAAGACAGCCUUUGACAAGAAAUUACUGGACCGUUUUGACUACGAUGAUGAGCCGGAAGGUGGUGAUGAAACAAAGAAGGAUGAGACUUCAUCAUCCCAGCCAUCUUUUAUGCAGCAGCCUCCAGCCUUCUCACAGCACAUGGAGCACUUUAAACCACAAAUGAUGGGUAUGCCACGAGACCCUUCACAACAGGGUUCCCUCCCACCUAAUGGCCAACUCCAGGGCUAUGGGUUACCACCAGGACAAGGCUUUCCAGGCAUGAUGCCUCCCAUGGGGCAGGCUCAGCCUGGCCAGCCUGUUCCUGGCUCUGUUGGCGCUACGGGCUUCCCAGGGGGGUACCCACCCCACAACACAGCCCCUCAGCAACAGGAUAUUUCUACGGACAUGGACCGUUCAACUGUGAGGGAUGGCAGACAUGGGCGCAGGUCACACUCAGGCUCCAGGUCUCCAAAAAGGAGGAGGUCACGAUCUGGUUCCCGUUCGCGGCGAUCCAGACUCAGGCGUUCCCGUUCGCGUUCCAGAGAUCGGCGCCACCACUCUCCACGCUCCCGCUCGCAGGAGCGCAGGGAGAGAGAGAAGGAGAGGGAGCGUCGACAGAAAGGCCUCCCACAGCCCAAGAAUGAAACACUAAGUGUUUGCAGUACGACUCUCUGGGUGGGCCAGCUGGACAAGAGAACACAGCAGCAGGAUGUCGCCUGUCUGCUGGAGGAGUUUGGCCAGAUCGACUCCAUCAAUAUGAUUCCACCACGUGGCUGUGCCUACAUUGUCAUGGUACACCGGCAGGAUGCCUUCAGGGCUCUGCAGAAACUCAGCAGAGGAACUUACAAAGUUAACCAGAAAGCCAUCAAGAUUGCUUGGGCUUUGAACAAAGGCAUAAAGCCUGAAUUUAAACAGUACUGGGACGUGGAGCUGGGCGUCACGUACAUACCUUGGUCCAAGAUCAAAGAGGACCAGCUGGAGGAGCUAAGAGAAGGCGGGAUGCUGGAUGUAGACACCUUAUCACCAGAGUGGAGAGGAGUGAGGAACAGCCUGGAGAACCCAGAGGAGCUUGCUCACAAUGGCCGCUCAGAGCCUCAGCAGUCUGAGGAGGCACAAGUACUAUCUGUGGCCCCUGCAGCGGCUCCUCCUCCUGCACAGGUUCCUCCAAUGCAGAAGUCGAUGGUUGGUGUUGGUCCAGUCCAGCCUCCAGUCUUCCCAGGUCCUAUGGGCAUGCCUCCACCAUCUUUCCCCCCUGGUGUCCCUCCUCCUCCCUUCAUGAGACCUGGCUUCAACCCCAUGCAGAUACCACCAGGUUUCCCGCCCCCAGGUGCUAUGCCCAUGGGACCCCCACCUCCGUCCAAAGGUGGAAUUGAGGACCCGUCUCUGGACCCAGCAGGUCUGGGCAACAGAAAAAAUGACGAAGGCCCGGAGGGGCCUAACCUCUUCAACCACCAAAUGGGACCAAUGGGUAACCAGGUCAGUGGACCUCCAGCGGGUCCUCCAGGAAACAUGCAGCCCCCUUCUGGCGGCCUGCUUGGGGCUCGGCCCGGCAUAAUCCCCCUCCAGCGUCCACCGGUUCUCCCUCCUCCACACAUGCAGCGUUUCCCUCCGCCGCAUGGCCCACGCCCCCCUCAUCCCAACAUGCCCCCUUUGCCCCCACAGAUGAUGCACAGGGGACCACACCCACAAAUGAUGCACCAUGAACCCCCUCCACCUCCAGGAGGUUUUGGGAUGCCUCCUCCUCAAGCUAUAAGAGGUCCAUUCCCCCCACAUGGGCACGGCCCUCCUCCUCCAGGCCCUCCUCCCCCUUUCAUCAGACCAGGAGGUCCUCGGGGACUUGAGGGGCCGGAGGAAAUGGAUGGCAGGCCAUUCAGGGGGGACAGGCCCAGUUUCAGGGACCGAGACCCAGAGAGGGACAGAGACUGGGAUCGAGACAGAGAUAGAGACAGGGAUCGGGAUCGGGGUUUUGGAGGAGGGAGGCGUCCAUUUGGUGACGGAGGGAGAGGAGGAGGCGGUGAUAGAAUGGAUGGGAGGGACAGGCUUGGAGGCUGGCAGGAGGAAGGGGCAGAUCACCGGGGAAGGGGAUGGGAGAGAGACAGAGACCGGGAUCGGGACAGGGACAGAGACCGCGACCGCGACCGUGACCGGGAAAGAGACAGGGAUAGGGAAAGACGGGACUGGCGGGAGAGGCGAAGCAGCCUGGAGGGCGACAGGGAGCGAGGUAGGGGCGAGGAUGGAGAGAGGGAACGAGGGAGGGGGGAGGGAGGAGAAAGAGGAAAGGGAGAGGGAGGAAACAGGGACAGGGGGAGAGGGGUCGAAGGGAAAGAAGGAGAUAGGCCAAGGCGGUCGGAAAGACGAGAGAGGAGCACACGGUGGGACAGGGAUGAUCGGCUAGCAGAAUUGGAAAAUUUAGACAGAUUGCGGACCUCUGACAGUUCGGAGCAGCCUCGUGUGGCUCCUGCUGUUACUGUGGAGACGAGUGAAGAACCCAAUAUGGAACCUUUUUCACAAAAGGCAAAAUCCGAACAUUUAUCUCCGCCCCCUGAAGUAACAACUGCUGCAGCAGAGCCGGUGGCUUCUGAGCCUCCACCUUCAGCUCAAAAUGACCCUACAGAAACAACAAAGGAGGCAGCGUCAUAGGCUGACUCACCACUCUUUCAGCCAGAGACUGCUCUAAACCAGAGAUGAGAGACAAAACCAUAUUCUCUUCUAUGGCCUCAAACCCUGGCAGAUAAAUUACAAGCAGUAGUUUCAGAAGCUGUCUCAGUCAGACUUUUUAACAGUUGAUAAUUGACGAUUUUUGGCCAGUAAUAACGACAAAUGUGGAGAAUUAACAACCCCCAGACAUACUGUCAAGCAGAGGAGAAACAAUUGUUUACAAGCUCCACCACUUAUCCCUGAAUUUGGUGCAUCAGCAUCAUGAAACACGUCAUCCUUGGAAAAUUUGUCAGGACAAAAAAAAUCAGAUAUCAACUGAAGGCUGCUGCCCUUUCAGUAAGCUAUAGUUUGGCAUGGGUGGAUGGAUGGGAAGAUGGAUGGAUGGAUGGAUGGUGGAUGGUGGAUGGAUGACAUUCUUGCAUGUAAGUUUUGUCCAUGAUUUGGAACUAUCUUUUAGUCCUGUUUUCACUCGAGUUUGUUUGAAGACAGGAAAUGUUUUCUAACAAAGAAAAUGAUUUUUCAGUAAAUGGCUUAAUCUAUGGAAUGGCAGGGGCACAAGCACUGCCCAGUAUUCCAACAAGGUGAACUCUCCAUUUUAAUUCAUAUUAAAAAAUACGCCAAAACCUUGUCUAACAGGUAAUACCUUCCCAAACAAUGAUACUAGAAUUACUUGUGGUAUCUUAUUUAGAAAGUUCCAGUUUUAGUUAGGUUAGUUUUCUUUUAUUAUUUUAUCUUGUGUCAUGGUGGCUCCUUGGGACAUGUCAUGCCGCAGUAUUGCACCCAGUAAGACAGUUUUGGAACGAUUAAUCUUGCCUUGAAAUCAAAAAUAAUGUUUUAAUCAAAAUAAAUUGCCAGAAGAUUUCUUAUGCUGUCAAGUCAUAGGUUAUUGAGGGGCAUAUCUGAUUUCCUCAGUAUGCAAAAAUAAGGAAAGUCCAUCCCUCUGGAGUUAGAAAUGAUCUAGCAUCACUGGUUUGAUCACUAAAUAUUGAGCUCCUCUUUUGUUCAUUUUCCAUCCUGAAUUAAUGUCACUUUGAGUCAUAAUCUUUUAUUUCAAUUGCCAGAAGAUGAGAAAAUUAUUCCACAUAAAACUUGGUACGGUAACUGAAAAUUCAGUGCCACUUGCGCAAACCUUUACUGGCCAGUAUCCAGUGUCCCUAAAAAUUUCACCAUCAGUUUUCAGUAUUAUAGGAGUCCAUUUAAAAAAAAAAAAAAAAAUCACAUUUUACAAGUACCAGGAUUCUUUUUAGCCACAAUGACGAUUAGAAGCUGAGGUCACUUUCAUGUCUCUGAGUCUAACUGUGAUAAUUGGUAGCCAUAUUUUACUCAUCAUGGCUAGUAAAUGUGAGUGAAGAAAAAAAAAAAAAAAAAAAAAAAAA